AUGGGGAUGCAUGAGCUUAGUAAAAACGAUAAGUGGACAGUCGCCCGUGCCCGUAAAAUUCAACGUUUCUUGAGCCAGCCAUUCCAUGUUGCAGAGGUUUUCACUGGUGCCCCUGAAAAAUACGUGGAGUUGAAAGAAAGCAUUACCAGCUUCCAGUUUUCAUUUAAUUACAGUUGGAUUUUUGCCAUUUCCUUGGCCUUCAACCUCACCAAUUUGAAGAAUAGAGGCUACCCAUAUGAGGAAUUGGGUAGGCAAGAGAAAAGUAGAACUACCCAAGAGCAAGGCAACUCAAAAUUGGACAUUGCUCGAUAUGAAGCUCUUCUCAAAAGUGGUGACCAAGUCACUUCUGUUCUUGAAGAGAUGAUCACCCUUGUAAAAAACGGAAACUACAAUGCAGAAAACGGAAACUGUAUUACAGAAAAUGAAAACUGCAUUGCAAAAAACGGAACCUACAAUGCAGAAAAUAGAAACAUGAAUAACCUAUUUUACAUUCUAGGUGGUCUUCAAUAUGAUUCCCCCUCUCCUAACAUGUCUUGA